AUUUUCACUUGGACAAGAAUUUUAUGUUAAAUUGUUUGAAUAAAUAAAAAUAAUUUUUCAAAAAUGGCGAAUCAAGAAAAUUCAGCAAACAAACGCGAAGACUUCAAAAAAUAUUUGAGUGAUUUAGGUGUUAUUGAUGCUUUGACCAAUGUAUUAGCAAAUCUUUAUCAAUUAGAAACAAGACCAACAGAUCCAUUGGAUUACAUUCGCACUCAUAUGACAGAAAUUGUUCAGGAAAGAGAAGAACUAAAAAUGCUUAAGGCUAACUAUAAUAGUAUGAUAAGUCAAAUUCAGGAAAUGGAAGAACAGAAUAUGGAACUAGCAAAGUCAAUUAAAGAGUUAGAAAACUAUGGGAAUGAGUUGAGUAAAUCCAAGUUAGAAGAAGUUGAUGAAAAUAAUGUUGAAACAGAAUAAUGAAAAACAUAAAUUUUCGGUUAA